UCUCUCUCUCUCGUGUAUGAACCAGUUUAUAUUUAUAUACAUUCACGUGCGUUCCUUUGUCAACCUUGAUUUGUCGGUCAAUCUUUACUCACACAAAGCAAAUAAAUUAUAGCCCCCAGUUAGGGUUCUUCCUCCUGAGCUUUUUUCUGUAUUCAAAGAAUUGUUGAAUAUUAGAGGUGUGAAGUAGGUCGAAUCGGUUUAUUUUUUUAUUAUCUUUAAACAUGGAGCUCGCUUUGAGUUUAGGCGAUGCUUCAAAGCAGUUUUCAUCGUUUCUGGACAAGUCUGGAGCGAAAAUUUCAAGUAAAGAUCUAGGGUUUUGCAUGGGCUUAAAGAUCAAAGGAGAUCAUGAAGAUGAAGAUCAUCAUGAUCAUGAUCUUCCUCUUCAGCUUGAUCUUCUUCCUUUCUCUCCGGUUCCUCGUACUCAUCAUCAUAAUCAGCCUCCUUCGCAGCUUCGCUUUCCAUGGCAGACUGAAAACGAACCCGGUUCGACAGAUGGGAUGGGAAGAGGGUUGGAUGUGAACCGGUUUCCGGUGGCGGAGGGGGAAGCAGAGGAGGGAACGACGGCGCUGUCAUCUCCAAAUAGUACGGUGUCGUCUUUUCAGAUGGAGUUUUGUAUAGGAAACAGCAGAAACAACAAGAGGGAUUUGGAGAUUAUUGAAACUCACCAUCAACACAACAGCAGCGAGAGAGCGAGUUCAAGAGUGAGUGACGAUGAAGAGAACGGGUUAACUCGGAAGAAACUCAGACUCUCUAAAGAACAAUCAGCUUUUCUCGAAGAAAGCUUCAAAGAACACAACACUCUUAAUCCUAAGCAAAAGCUUGCUUUAGCAAAACAGUUGAAUCUUCGUCCUCGCCAAGUAGAAGUUUGGUUUCAGAACAGAAGGGCAAGGACAAAGCUGAAGCAGACAGAGGUAGAUUGUGAGUAUUUAAAGAGAUGUUGUGAAACACUGACAGAAGAGAACAGGAGAUUACAAAAAGAGCUUCAAGAAUUAAGAGCUUUAAAAUCUUCUCAACCUUUUUACAUGCAACUUCCGGCCACUACUCUCACAAUGUGCCCUUCUUGUGAGCGUGUAGCCACCGCUGCCGCCGCCAACCCACACCAUGACAUGCAAGCCAGUGCGGCGGCCAAUGACAAGGACAACUCAUGGCCUUACAAUUGGGAAAAACCCCCUGGAUUGAACCAUUUUCUCAAGCUCAAGCUCAAGUUCAAGCACAAUCAAUCAGCGCAUUAA